AGCCUCCCGGCUCGGGGCCGAGGCCAGGCCGCAGCGCCGGGCGCGCGCGGCCAACGGGCGCUUCCCCGCGCUGCUGCUGCUGCCGCGCCGCGGACGAGGCCUGGACGAGGCGCCGUCGGGAUGCAGGAGGUGCGGCAGGCCGAGGGCGCGCGCCCAGUCCUGGGGAGGCGCGCGAGGAGCGCGGGCCCCCCCGCCGCGGCGCCGGGCGGGGCGCCGAAUCCUGUCUCGCCAAGGAGGAUGAGCGAGGGCCGGAGGGUGGCCGCCCGGGACUGCUGGCCCGUGGAGUUGGCCCGCGAGAGGUGCGCGCCUUGCCGCCGGCUGGACGCCGCGACGUGCGCCGUGGAGGUCUGGGAGCUGCAGCGGCGCGCCACGCUCUUCCACACGGAGUGGCUCCCGCCGUUCCUCCCCCACGACAUGGAGAAGCAGUGGCGCUGGGUCGACUCGGCCUACGAGAAGCACGCCUGGACGGCGGUGCAGCGCAGGCGCGCCGCGCAGCAGUCGGAGACACCCCCAGUUGCGCCCCCCGACGGCUGGCCGGCGGGCUCGUCCGAAUGGGCGGUGGCGGACCCGCCGGGCCCUUGCGACGGCGGCCGCUGGCAGUACGCCGUGGACUUUUACGUCACCGAUGCGCUGUGGGCGGAGAGCCCCACCGAUGUACCACUGCCGGCGAAGGCUCUGGAGGCGCACCAUCCCGUCCGCGGCCGCUGCUGCGCCACAGGCGCUCGCGCCCGCAGCGCCGGCGCGCGCCCCCACCGCCCCGGCGGAGGAGCCCCGGCGCGCUGCCAGCAGCGCGCCCGAGCUCAGGGAGACGGUGCGGGAGGAGGUUCCCGGCAUCAGCCUCGCGAGGGAGGCGGAGCGGCUGCUCGCGCCCGAGUGGACCGUCGGCUGCCUACCAGUCGACGUCCUGUUGGAGGCGACUGGCGCCGUCGAGGUCGAGGCCGGGCCCUGGCUCAGGGCCCCGGGCCCCGGCGGAGAUAGAGGUGGGCGCACGGCGAGCCGCGAGAUCAUGUCGCGGAUCCCACUGCCGAAGGGGGGGCCCAUGAUGCCGACAACGACGCGCUCGAAGGACGCGUACAGCGUCGAAGUGUGCGGCGAGGGCGCGGAGGUCGCGUCGAUCUGCAUAGACAUCACGAUCGACUUGCUCGACGUGCCGUACGGCGACUGCUUCCUCAUCAAGGAGCGCAUUCUGCUCGAGGCCACGACCGACGGCACGGGCGUGGUCGUGUCGAAGGCCUACGCGCUGAAGUUCCGCAAGAGGACCCUUGUGCAGGGCGUGAUCGAGAUGAACAGCGUCGGCUCGCAGGAGAAGAGCGGCGCCGCCCUGGUCGCCUUCCUCCAGCGGCGCGGCGCCCCGGCAACGCCUGCGCCCCAGGCGACGAUCGUGGAGGCCUGGGAGCUCCAGCGCCGCGUGACGCUCUUCCAUCAGACCUGGGAGGCCCCCUUCCUGCCCCACGACGGCGAGAAGUCCUGCCGGUGGGUCGACCACCACUUCCGCCAGCACCCCUGGGCGCAGGGCAUCACCUGGGUCGCCUCGGCCCUGGCAGGGCGCCCGCCGCUCAGGCCGCCAGGGGGCUGGCCCGAGCACUCGCUGGGCUGGAGCGUGGCGCAGGCCCCCAGUGGCCCGUGCGACGAGGACGGCUGGCAGUACGGCUUCGACUUCUACACGGACCCAGCUGUGUGGGGCCAGCCUGCCGAGCUCUCGCACUGCCGCCGGCGCUUAUGGCGGUGCAGUCUUUCGCAGCCGCCCACGCCAGGCCGGCAGGUGGUGUCGUGCCCAGAGGAGAAGCAGUCAGCGGAGGCGCCUGGCCUCGGCACCAUCUGGAUGGUGCUCGUCGCCCUCCCGCUACUGCUGCUCCCCGGCCUCGCGGCCGGUCGCCCCGGCGGUGCUCUCGCGGGCGCGGGGCCCGAGUGGACCCUGCGGUUCCCGGGCGGCGGGGCGGAGCAGGCAGAGGAGGUCCGGGUCAAGGCCCAUUGCCUGAAGGAGAUGGGCGCAUGCGAGGUGAUGAACUGCACGGCGGAAGGGGAGGGCCGCGGGGCCAAAAUGGACCUGGCGUGGGCGGCGGACGUCGUGGGCAGCUAAGCCGCGCCGUCUCGCUUCCACUCCCACUGCCUCCUCCAUGGGUCCUAGUCGGACUCUCGUCCUGAAUCGCCCACCGUCACCCUCCUUCCAGUCCUCCUCCGUCCUUCCUCUCUCUUUUUCCC